UGGUCUUCUCAGCUAGAGUGACCUUUUUGUUUAGUUGUGUCCAACUGCGUGGUGACAUUCAUAAGGAAGUGAAGAUACACACAUUUCAUUCGCCUCCGAUGGGAGGAAUAGGAUUCUUAUUGCUUUUUGUGGUCGUGCUAACCGCAUCGACCACAGCACAGAUCUUAGACUGUAACUUUGACACGAAUUUCUGCUCAUGGACCCAAGGCACACAAGACCAAAAAAACUGGUCAAGACGGAGUGGGGCCACCCCCACGGCCAAUACGGGGCCCCCCAGUGAUCAUACCUCCACUAGUGGAUCCUAUGCCUUUCUGGAAACUUCAAACGGGGCGGUCGGGAACAAAGCGGAUCUUAUGAGUCCUACACUGACAGUUACUGCCAGUAGUGCAUGUCUGCAGUUCUGGUACUACAUGUAUGGCGCUCACGUGGCGGAUCUAAAUGUUUACAGAGUGAUUGGCACCAGCAGUCUCAAGCUGUGGACCCGGCAUGGCAACAUGGGCCAACAGUGGAGACUUGCCAGUAUUGAUCUGCCCGCAGGAACCAACAUGCAGAUAGUCAUUGAAGCCACCAGAGGAAAUGGAGGUCAAGGUGACAUUGCUAUAGAUGACAUCACGUUUACAAAUGGUGGCGUUUGUCGUUACGGAGGUAUGUUCUGCGACUUUGAAACCAGCGAUUUGUGUGGGUACAUUAACGACAACACAACCAGCACCCAGUGGAGCUGGACCGCGGGCAGCACGUCAACCUCCACAAGACCAGACAGAGACUACACCACAGGAACCGUUAGUGGUCAUUAUGUCUACGUGGACUCCUCAUCUGCUGCACAUGGGAAACCUGCGCGCUUAAUAACGACCAGCGUCCCUGGCGACAAGGAAAGAUGUCUGCGGUUUUACUACAGCAUGGGCGGGAAUCAUCCUGGCCAGUUCAACAUUUAUGCCAAAAAUGUUUCGCUUGGCUUGCCACUAUGGUCUUUAACAGAUUUUACCGGAUUGACCUGGAUGGUUGCUGAGGUGAAACUACCAGCGCGUCCAACAAACUUUCAGGUUGUGUUCGAACUCUACCCAUUCAGCCAGCACGACGGGGCUCUUUCCAUAGACGAUGUUAGUAUUGUUGACGAGGCUUGCAGGAGUCCAGCAACCUGCAACUUUGAACAAAAAGACUUGUGUACAUGGUCAAAUGAUAAAAAUGAUCAGUUUGAAUGGAUCAUUCAUCGAGGAGGAACAUCCACAGCUAAUACUGGACCAAUUGCUGAUUCCACUUACGGGAAUUCCACAGGAAACUACAUCUAUAUUGAGGCGACAGGCAGACACCAAGGGGAUGUGUCAAGGCUUAUUAGUGCUGUCAUCCCACCAGCUCAUGCACCCACCUGCUUUAACUUCCAGUAUCACAUGAAAGGUGCCAAUAUUGGUACCCUCAAUAUGUAUGUCAGGAAUGGUGCGACUACUGUUAAGAUAUGGUCUUUAUCUGGUCAACAAGGAGAUAAAUGGUUGCCAGGUAGCUUCGGUCUGCCUCUUGGGUCAAGAACACUUACAUCACAGAUUUUAAUUGAAGGCAUAACAACAGUAGGUCAAGCAGGGGACAUAGCACUUGAUGAUUUAAGUUACACUACAACCACAUGUCAGGUCUAUCCUGCCAAUGCUUCACCUACUUUUACUACACCAUCAACAACUCACACAACAAGGUAUACUGGACCACCUACAACUGUUCCUAAUCCAAAUACUUUAGCUUGCAAUUUUGAUGGUGGUGUUUGUGGCUGGGCUCAAAAGAGUGAUGAUAAUUUAGACUGGACAAGGUCUAGAGGGAACACGGCCAAUUCCAAUACUGGGCCUAGUGGUGACCAUACUACAGGAAAUGGCUAUUACAUGUAUUUGGAUACAUCAAAGGGUACAAAUGGUGAUAAGGCUAGACUACAAAGCCCCUUAUUUACCCCACACAUCAAUAAACAAUGCUUUAGCUUCUGGUACCACAUGAAAGGUAGUUCAGUUGGUAGCCUCCAUGUCUAUGUUCUUCCCCGUUAUCAAACUGCAAUGGGUGCUGCUAGGUGGAGCAGGUAUGGAGCCCAAGGAGACAGAUGGAUUCUUGGAUCUGUGACACUUGUCAACACCAGCCCAUACUCUAUUGUACUUGAGGCUAUAAGAGGAAACUCUAAUUCUGGAGACUUAGCCGUUGAUGAUGUUAAUUUAACUGAUGGAGCUUGUGCAGAUGUGUUGACUACACUGCCACCUGGUGUCACCGCUGGUCCCCCGUCCAAUGGAGCAGUUCUACGUUUUUGUGACUUUGAAGAUGGUUCCACUAUGUGUGGCUUCACACAAGACAUUAGGGAUAAUUUUGACUGGACAUUAACUAGUCAGGGCACAGGAACAUUGCAGACAGGACCAGCAAAUGAUCAUACUUUGCAAACACCCCAAGGUCAUUACGUGUUUAUUGAUGCCUCAAAUCAACAAAUUGGAGCAAAAGCUAAACUAGUUUCUCCGCAAUACAAUGAUUUUGGGAAAGGGGACCUGUGCAUGAAAUUUUAUUAUUAUAUGUAUGGAGAUGGGGUUGGAACUUUGAAUGUAUAUGUCCAGCCUACAAGUCAAAAUACACCUGGAGUCCCGUUAUGGAGGAUGUCUGGAAAUCAAGGUCAGCGCUGGAUUGUUGGCAGUGUGACCCUCCGUGUUGGUACAUUGGCCACUGGAUAUCAGGUGCUUUUUGAAGGUGUUAGAGGAAGCAAUAACCGUGCUGAUAUUGCUAUUGAUGAUGUUUCCAUCACUGUAGGGCCUUGUAGCAAUCCAGGUGCAUGUGAUUUUGAGAAAGGUCCAUGUACAUGGACUGAAGCAAGAGACAACAAAGUUGAUUGGACCUCAUACCAUCCAGAUAUCAGUAAAGGGACACCACCAGCGGAUCACUCUACUUGGAGUCCUACAGGAACCUUCAUGUUUUUUUCAAACCAAGAGCCUCAUAAUGCUGGUGACACAUCAGGUCUUGUGAGUGAAACUUUCCCACCUACAUCAAAUUUAGGCCGUUGUAUGUCAUUUUGGUACUUCUUGAGUGGCACAGCUCAGUCUAUACUAAACAUCAUUGUAACAACCCCUGACACUUCUGUAGUUAGAAUCGUUUGGCAGAGAAAGAAUACCAGUCCAUCUGCAAUAUGGAUGCAGGGUCGGGUUCCAAUUCCUGUAAAUCUAAAAGAUUACUUCAUAACAAUUCAGGGGGUUUACACCUCAAAUGUAUCAGUUCCAGUUGGUGGGAUUGGCAUUGAUGAUAUCACAUUCACAGAGUCGAACUGUGCCUUGUACCCACAAAAUGCUAUAGCCCUUGUUAGUCUCCCUACCGCCCCACCAACAACUGUCCAGCCUGUUCAAGGGUCUGCCAACUGUGAUUUUGAGUCUGGGAUCUGUGCAUGGAGGCAAGCUACAGACGAUCAGUUUGACUGGACCAUACAAGCUGGUCAGACACCAACUGUUGGGACAGGUCCAACUGGUGACCAUAGCAAAGCUGAUGGCUCUGGAAAAUACAUAUUCAUUGAGACCUCCCUCCCACGUAGGAGUGGAGACAAAGCUAGGAUAAUCAGCCCUGUUAUUCCUGCUGGAACAUAUUGUCUACAGUUCUACUACAACAUGUUUGGUCCAAGUGUAGGAACACUAAAUGUUUACGUCAUGGCUGGCCUGACCCUUCCUACUGCUACAUGGACAAAAACUGGCUCUCAGGGGCGGGAUUGGAUUAGUGCAGCUAUCAAUGUUCCUAUAACAAGGCAGUUUAACCUUGUGUUUGAGGGAGUUGUUGGCAGUAGUUUUGAUGGUGACAUUGCUUUGGAUGAUAUUAAUUUAGUCACAGGAACCUGUGCUGCCUUGUCCAACCCAGGCAGUCCUUAUAAAAAUAAAUGCACCUUUGAGCUUGACACUUGUGGGUACACACAAGACACAUCAGAUAACUUUGACUGGGUCAGAGCACAAGGUGGGACAAGUACAGCCAACACUGGACCUACAGUUGAUCACUCCUUGGGUACCUCCGCAGGUUACUACAUAUAUGUGGAGUCUUCUGCACCAAGAAAGCUAGGAGAGAAGGCAAGGAUUGAAUCAAACACUAUCACAGAGGUCCCUGGCAAGCCAAUGUGUGUCAACUUCUGGUACAGCAUGUACGGAUACACCAUGGGGACUUUGAACAUUUACCUUAAGAGGAAUGGAGUCAUGGGACCUGCAGUUUGGACAAGACACUGUAAUCAAUCAAGGUGCAGGAUGGAAGGAGGCCACUGUAUAAGUGUUCUGGCCAACAGUACACUGUUUUCAGUUGUUUUUGAAGCUGUUAUUGGUAUUGGUGAAUACAGUGACAUAGCUCUUGAUGAUAUAGAGAUCUCCAAUGCUGACUGCUCUCAUCCUGGUAACUGCAACUUUGAUACUGGUUUGUGCACCUGGACUAAUGAUAAUUCUCAUGAUAAAUUUGAUUGGUUGGUCACUAGUCAAACUACAGGAUCAGUAUCUACUGGUCCAAUCAAUGACCAUACUAUGAAUAAUGCAUCAGGAAAGUAUGUGUUCAUAGAUGCUUCAUAUCCUCGUAUGCCUGGUGACAAAGCUUGGUUUGUCAGCCAAGAUCUAAGUCCCAACAUGCCAGCUUGUCUGAACUUUUGGUACAACAUGAAUGGUGCAACUGUGGGAACGUUAAAUAUUUGGGUGAAACAAAGCAGUGACAACAGCAUGCGGUCUAUAUGGUCGCUGUCAGGAUCACAAGGAUCAAACUGGCUGGCUGGUCAAGCAGUUAUUCCAAAACAAAGUGGUGGUUUCCAAGUGAUAUUUGAAGGUGUUAGAGGAUCUAAUUGGGAUGGCGACAUUGCCAUUGAUGACAUAGUUUUUGAUAGCACAGCUACAUGUACAACAUCUCCUUCAACUGCCAGGUCCACAUUAGCACCAAUGACUGUACCACCAGUUACAACAACAGCUUCUACCACCAGACCAGCCUCCUCAUUAGAUACAGCAACCAGCUUUAGCUGUACUUUCACCUCGAGUAUCUGUGGCUGGACUCAGUCUCGUGCUGACAACUAUGACUGGCUGAGGAAUCGUGGGGCAACAACUUCUGUUGGAACAGGUCCUUCAAGUGAUCACACUACAGGAGGUGGCUACUAUAUGUAUAUAGAAACCAGUAACAGCACUGUGGGACAGAAUGCUAUUCUCAUGAGCCCUGUAGUCACAAUUGCCAGCAACCAGUCCAAGUGUUUCUCUAUGUGGUACUUUAUGCUGGGUGGUCAUGUAGGCAGCCUUGAUGUUUUAACAUACGCUGGGGGCCAGACUAAUGUCAUAUGGAGCAAGCAAGGUCAGCAGGGAGCUCGCUGGAACAGACUUCCUCUCACUUUAUACAGCCCUGCGCAGUUCCAGAUUUGGAUCAGGGGAACCACAGGCACACUUUUUGAUGGAGAUAUUGCUAUUGACGAUAUAAAUAUUACUGAUGGGCCUUGUACAGGUGAAGGAACUUUAAGUCUGUUGAGCUGUAAUUUUGAGAAUCCCUGUGCUUAUCAAAACAGCCAGAAUGACAAUACAGACUGGCAGGUACAUACGGGUGCAACAUCCAGUUUUGGUACUGGACCAAGUGCUGACCACAGUACAUCAUUAUCAUCUGGCCACUACUUGUAUGUUGAAUCAUCUGCUCCUGUUAAGGCAGGAGACAAGGCUAAGUACGUCUCACCUACAAUAGGAUCUGGCAGCGGUGACCACUGCUUGACCUUCUGGUACCACAUGUAUGGCACCCAGAUGGGCACAUUGAAUAUCCAUCUCUCAGAUGGGACUUCAGACCUUCUAAUCUGGUCUCGCUCUAGCAAUCAAGGAAACAGAUGGAAUCUUGCUACUAUCCCAAUGAGGGUUAUUUCAUCCAAAUACCAGAUAAUCUUUGAGGGUGUCGUGGGUAAUGGCUUCCUAAGUGAUAUAGCUAUUGAUGACAUCUAUGUAGACAAUUCUACUUGUUCUGUACCCCCUGCCUGCACCUUUGAUCGGGGUACCCUCUGCAGUUGGACUCAGGUAAUUACUGGAGAUGACUUUGAUUGGACAUUUCAACAUGGGUCUACUGCCUCUUCACUUACUGGACCAUCUAAUGACCACACAACUAAUUCACCUACAGGUCAAUACAUAUACAUAGAGUCCAGUUCUCCAAGAAGACUAGGGGAUAAAGCAUACCUUCUAAGUUCAGACUUCCUACCUACUCGUGGAAUAAAAUAUUGUUUCAGAUUCUGGUAUAGCAUGAAGGGAACAGGCAUUGGUCAACUUGCUGUGAACUAUGUGACCAAUGGGAGCAUGCCAGGUACUCCAUUGUGGCAGUAUGGGAAAAACAUUCAAACAGACUGGAAUCUGGCAACAUUGCCUAUUGCUUCACCAACAGAUUUUAAGUUAUUGUUUAUAGGCACAGUUGGUUCAACUUUCUUAGGUGAUAUUGCUAUAGAUGAUAUCUCAUACUUAAUCCAAGACUGCCCACUUACCCCAAGUGAUGCCACCCCACCUGGUCAGACCACCACCCCUGGAACUGCCACAUCUACAGUUAACCCAGCCUCACUUACUUCUUUACCCAACUCUUUUGAUUGUAACUUUGAGUCCAACAUGUGUUCCUGGAGUAAUGAUAACAAUGAUAAUUAUGACUGGACUUGGGGAAAGACAGCCUCUGUAGUUGCUGGAACCUCAUAUGCAAUGCCAAAAACAGAUCACAGUAGUAAUACUGGAGGUGGACAUUACAUCUACUAUGAUAUGGCACAAGGAAGAUUGGGUGAUACUGGGAGCACAGCAAACUUAGUCAGCUCUGUUGUUACUGCAACUGGACCCAAGUGCUUGAGGUACUGGUAUCACAUGUAUGUUAAUGUGAGAGAACUAGAUGUGUAUAUUAAACAAGGAAGUUCUUUAAAUGCACCUAAACAAAUACUUACUGGCACCCAAGGAGCUGUAUGGAAACAAAACUCUUUGAACAUCAACACAAUUGGACAAUAUCAAGUAGUUUUUGUUGGUAAAAAAGGUGUAACUGGAAUUUCUGGAGUUAUUGCCCUUGAUGACAUUCAACUGAAAGAUGGCCCAUGUGAAGCCCAAGCAACUACCAUUGUGACCUUGACUUCAACCUCACCAUUCAACUGUAACCUGGAGCAGCCAGACAUGUGCUCUUUCACACAGGACAGCACUGAUGUAUUUGACUGGACAUACCAGCAGCGAUCAACUGACUCAGUUUCUACUGGACCUACAAAUGACCAUACAUAUGGCACAUCUGCAGGUCAUUACUUGUAUGCUGAAGCCUCAGGGCCCACCAGAGCUGCUGGAGACACAGCUAGAAUCAACAGCCCUACAUUCACAGCUAAUUCAGCCAACACAGAUGCUUGUCUCAACUUCUAUUACCAUAUGUAUGGAUCCAGUAUGGGAAGUCUCAAUAUCAGGCUGCGUACAGGCUCCAGCAGCCCUGUCUUAAGGCCAGCCUUGUGGACAAUGAGUGGUAACCUGGGCAACCAGUGGAACUUUGGAAAGCUGACUCUACCCGCUGCAAUGAUCAGAGAAAACUAUCAGGUUGUUUUUGAAGCUGUACGAGGAACAAAUUACUUCAGUGAUAUUGCUAUUGAUGAUAUAUCUCUAAGAACUGGUCCUUGUCAGUCUCAAGCCACUUGCAAUUUUGAACUGGGAUCCUGCUCUUUUACAAACCUUCAAACUGAUAAAUUUGACUGGGAUAGACACCAGGGAUCAACAGGCACAUAUGGCACUGGCCCAACUAGUGAUCACACUCUGCAGAACCCACAAGGCUGGUACAUGUACCUGGAGGCCUCUUACCCUCAUGUCAGUGGAGAUAAUGCUGUUCUUAGCAGUGAAAGGUUACCACAAACUACAGGCACCGGAGGCUGUUUCUCAUUCUGGUAUCACAUGUAUGGCACUGGUAUUGGCAGCCUGAACAUUUACAUCAGUGCAGCACCAACACAAAACACAACCAUCUGGAGCCUGACUGGCAACCAACAAAAUGCUUGGCUCAAUGGCCAAGCUCCAGUUAACUCCCCACUCAGCAGCUUUUUUAUUCUGGUUGAAGGCGUGCGAGGCAAUGAUUACACAGGAGACAUUGCUAUUGAUGAUCUUACUUACCAAACCACACCUUGUGGAUAUAUCCCCCAAAAUGCUAAACCUUCAUCAGUUCAAGUCCUAGUUCCAGCCACUGCACAAACACCAGCAUCUGGUCCAGCUGACUGUAACUUCCUUGUGGAUUUCUGUUCAUGGAGGCAAUCAACAACUGAUAAAUUUGAUUGGCAGAGACAGGAGACUCGUGCUGCCACCACAGCCUCUGGUCCCACAAAGGAUCACUCUGGAUCUGGAUACUUUGCAUUUAUGGACUCUUCUUACCCUCAACAAGAAAAUGACAAUGCAGUACUGAUUAGCCCUGCAAUGAGUGGGUCAAAGUGUUUGACUUUCUGGUACUUCAUGUGGGGAGACCAUGUGAACAAACUGAAUGUGUAUGCUGGCAUCAACAUGAACACCCUGUUUUGGUUGAGACAGGGAACACAAGGCAAAGCUUGGAACCAGGCUAAUAUACAGAUCAACAUUUAUUCCUCGUAUCAGAUCUACAUAGAGGGAAUAGUUGGAACAGGACCGAAAGGUGAUAUUGCUAUUGAUGAUAUCACAGUCACCAAUGGAUCAUGUUCACAAUCCACUCUUGGAAUAAGUGGACCAAGCUGUGACUUUGAACAAGGCCUGUGUCAGUACACUCAGGACACUACUGACAACUUUGACUGGACUAGACAGGUUGGGUCAACCUCAUCUUCCAAUACUGGUCCAAUGAAUGACCACUCAUAUGGAACUAGAUAUGGACAUUAUAUGUACAUAGAAGCAUCCAAUGCAGUAGCUGGAGCUAAAGCUAGACUUACAGUCCCUUCUGUGAACAUUGGCCCAUCUGACAUGUGCUUGGAGUUUUGGUACCACAUGGCUGGCGUUGGCCAGGGAAGGUUGACAGUAACAUAUAAAUCUAACAAUUGGCCAGAAACAAGUUGGACUAAAUCAGGCAACCAAGGCUCAACUUGGAAUAGAGCAACUUUUGACAUUCCUGCAAACCUUGGGUCCACUGCUAUAACAUUUGAAGCAGCAAGAGGAAGUGAUUUCACCAGUGAUACUGCUAUUGAUGACAUCUUACUUAGAACAGGAAAAUGUUCUCAAUCAAAUGGAAAUUGUGACUUUGAAAUUGAUUUAUGUUCAUGGUCAAAUACAUUAAAUGAUGACAUAGACUGGAUAGAAGGUCGAGGCAAUACUCAGUCUUCUGAUACUGGACCUAGCAAUGACCACACCUAUCGCAACAGCACAGGCAAAUACCUGUACAUUGAGACAUCCAGUCCUAGUGUGGCUGGUUAUGUGGCUUAUCUGGCUAGUGAGCUCUUUGCUCCUAGAGAUGCUGUUUGUUUCCACUUCUUCUACAAUAUGUAUGGGGCUACAAUUGGCACAUUACGUGUGCGAAUAGUAAUAUACAACGCAAGCUCUAAUGCAUUGCCUGAAAUAAAUCGUCAAACUCUGUGGGAGCUGAAUGGUAAUCAAGGCCAGGGAUGGUUUGAAGGCAUCGUGCCUAUACCACAGCAAACUAAUAGCUACAAGAUUUUCAUAGAUGGUGUUGAAGGUGCAUCUUACACUGGAGAUAUUGGUAUUGAUGACCUGUCCUUUGUCACUGGAUCUAGCUGUACUUUAACUCCCGCUAAGGCCACACCUAACAGUCAGACUUCUGCAGCACCUGUAACUUCAUUACCCGCUACAGUCCCUUCUGGCUUUGUAUGCAACUUUGACACUGACGUCUGUGGCUGGGUACAGGAUCAGACGGACAAGAGAGACUGGAUUAGGAACUCUGGCAGCACAACAUCUUCAGGAACUGGCCCCUCCAGUGAUCACACUUCAGGACAUGGCUUUUAUAUGUACUUGGAAACAUCAAGUGGCCAGUUUAAUGAUACAGCAAGACUUAUAAGUCCUCCUAUUACAGAUAAUUCCAUUCAGUGUUUCACGUUUUGGUAUCACAUGUACGGACAGUCAGUGAACACAUUGGAUGUCCAGCUAUGGGCACCAGACAAUAGAUUUGAAAUAGCCUGGCAGAAGAAUGGCUCACAAGGUGACUCAUGGCAGCAGGCCAGCAUACAGAUUGGUGAUGGAAUGACAAGUAUAUCCAAAACUGCUAUGAUUGUUAUGGAGGCUCGUCGUGGCAGUUCUUUCACUGGAGACAUAGCUAUAGAUGAUGUCAACCUGGUGCCUGGAGGCUGCAAUGGUGGAGGAUCAUCCCCUAUAGAUUGUAAUUUUGAAAGCCAGGACCUCUGUGGCUACGUGCAGGAAACAACAGAUUUAUUUGACUGGACAGUCUCAACAGGUCCUACAUCCACUUAUGGAACAGGACCCACAAGUGACCACACCCUUCAGACUGCUGCAGGACAUUAUAUGUACAUUGAGGCCUCAAACAGACGACCUGGAGAUAUUUCUCGCUUGUGGUCCAAGGCUUUCACAGCUAGUGCUGGACAGUGUCUAAGCUUUUUCUACUAUAUGUAUGGUCAAGAUAUGGGCACACUGAGCAUCGCAUAUGGCCAGUUGAUCCCCAAUGGACCAUUCACUGUCUUAACUCCCAUCUGGAGUCUGAAAGGUCCACAGCCAAACAACUGGGUGCAACAGCUGGUCAGCCUGCCCACCCCUCCAGUCAAUCCAGUUAAUUUGGUAUUCCAAGGUGAAGUGGGCAGUGGCUACUUAAGUGAUAUUGCAAUUGAUGACAUCAAGUUGCAAAACUUUUGUCCAAAUGCAGGGGAAUGUACAUUUGAAUCUGGACUUUGUGGAUGGGUGGCUACACAAUCAUACUUCAAUGGCAUUAAUGCACAGUUUGUGCAAGCAACAGCAAAUUCCAGGAUAUUUGGUACCACCAUACCCCAUCCUGCUGUUGACCAUACUCUGGGAAGAAACACUGGCUCCUACAUGAUCCUGUACUCUGAUGUCAACAAUGGCAGACAACAAGGUCAAAGGGUAAACCUGGUCUCAGAGGUCGUUCAAGCCACAGGAGCCAAUGGUGCAUGUUUCCACUUCUGGUUCAGCAACUAUGGAGCUACUUUCUCUGUGCUCUCUAUAUCCACUGAGCAUGGCCCUGCCCUGUGGAGAUUAAGUAGUGACACCCAGUCCCAGAACUUUAUUGAGGGUCAGGUCUUCCUGUACAGCAGUACAGCUUAUAAGAUAGUCUUUGGUGUUCAACUCAAUGGUGGCAGUGGUUACGUUGCUCUUGAUGACUUUUCUUUCACUGAUGGAUACUGUACAGCCAAACCAGCUACAGCUGCUACACCAAGUGGGUUAACUCCCCCUGCUUCACUACAAACAACUCCUCCAGGAGGCUCUACCUCAAAAUCAGAGCUGGAUUGUGAUUUUGAAACAGAUAUUUGCUUAUACCAUCAGCUUACAAAUGACCAGUUUGACUGGACAAGAAAGUCUGGGCGAUCAAGCAGCAGUAGCACUGGCCCUACUGUAGACCAUACCAAAAAGACAGAUGCAGGAUUUUACCUUUAUAUAGAAGCCUCAAGCCCUAGGCGCCCUAAUGAUACAGCUGUCAUUGAGAGUACCCAGUUAUCAAGAACUGGCUGCUUGAUCUUCUGGUACCACAUGUUUGGCGCACACAUCAACACUCUCAACUUGUACACCCAGUCGGUUGGUCAGUCUAGGGUACUGUUGUGGACAAGACAUGGGUCACAAGCUAAUGACUGGCUAGACGCAUCUGUAGAUUUACAGGUGAGCGGAACUUACACCAUACAGUUUGAAGGUGUAAGAGGGACAGAUUAUGCUGGUGACAUUGGCAUUGAUGAUAUUAGAUUUUUACCUGGCAACUGCAACUCAGACACAACUGUCAACAGAUGUGACUUUGAAACAGACAUGUGUGGUUACACAUCAGAGCCAACCCUGAAGUGGCAGAGAUCUACUCAAGUUACCACCACUACAGGCUUACUUAGUGAUCACACAUAUGGAACUGUUAGAGGACACUAUGCAUUUGCGGCCACCCCAAGACCAUGGGUGCCAGGUUACAAGCAACGUCUAGUUGGUCCACCACGCCCAGCCACCACUUCCCAGUGCGUCACCUAUUACUAUUACAUGAAUGGAGCUAACAUGGGAACUCUAGAAGUGCGCUCAAGGACUGGCCCAUAUGCUGAGUCACCUUUGUAUUUACACAGAGGAAACUUGGGUAACAAGUGGUACAAGAAUGAAGUUACAGUUAGAGCAACAACAUCAUGGCAGCUUGUGUUUGAGUCAACUAUUGGCAAUGGAGCAGCCAGUGAUAUUGCUGUGGAUGACAUCUCUAUUACUGAUGGCAGCUGUGGUGCCAGUGAUGGCUCCUGCAACUUUGAGGAUGGCAUGUGCACAUGGACCCUUCUAAACAGGGGAUCAUCCUGGCUAUUGAGUUCAUCUAUUACAGUGUAUACUUACAAGCCUGCAGCUGACCACACUCUAAAUUUAGCUAAUGGAACCUUCAUGCUAUUGAGCUACAAGUCUGGGCUGGUAUCUAAUGAUGCAUCCCUUGUGAGUCAACCAAUGCAACCUUUCAAUGGAACCAAGUGCUUUUCUUUUUGGUACAAAAAGUCUGGACCAGGAGUAUUCCUUACAGUUUACUUGACUGAUAUAAACAACCAAAACCUGUACCCCAUAUGGAGUUUACCAACUGACUUUACUUAUGACUGGUCCUAUGCCAGUGUUCCCAUCUCUUCACAAUCUUCCACUUACUUGAUUGAAAUAGAUGGGGCUGUCAACUCAACAUACUCUUAUAUAGCACUAGAUGACUUUGUUGGGAAACUGUCUACAUCAGCUGAUUGUCCUUUCAGUCCACCAACAGCUGUACCAAAAAGCCAACCCCUGACUUCACCUACACCAACAACAACAUUAGCACCUUUUAUUGCUCGUUCAAAAUAUGACUGCAGUUUUGAGACUGACUUUUGCAACUGGACCCAGGAGGCCACUCUUGACAACUUUGAUUGGAUUAGAGCUCAGGGUCCUAAAGGAUCAUCAGCCACAGGUCCAAUAACUGACCACAGCAUUGGAACAGAUAUGGGAUGGUAUGUCUAUAUAUCAUCAGUGUAUGUUUCAAAUCCUGGCCAAUCCCAAAACCAGACAGCUUGGCUAGUCUCUCCUGUUAUACCCAACACUGUUUACUGUUUGACUCUGUUUUACCACAUGUAUGGGCCCCAUGUUGGAACUCUCAAUAUCUAUCGCAUGGCAGGAUCAUCAAGCAAAGUAAAUUAUGUAACCAAAAGUGGAAACCAUGGUAACCUUUGGCAACCUAUGCAAAUUAAGUUUACUGGCAGUGGCAAUGACAAGAUAAUCAUUGAAGGUAUACGAGGCUCUAAUUCCCUAGGAGACAUAGCCAUUGACGAUAUUAUGGUCUUGGCUGGCCAGAACUGUCCUGCUCAAGUGGGUCCUGCCUGUUCAUUUGACUCUGGUGACUGUGGCUGGACUCAAAGUACCAAUGACAAAUUCAACUGGCAGAAGUACCAGAGUGCUACAGCUACAGCUGGCACAGGACCAAGCUCUGAUCAUACCCUUGGAACACGUUUUGGCUACUACUAUUAUAUUGACGCAAGUCCCCCAAGAGUGCAGGGAGACGUUGCUUACUUCCUUAGCCCAGUCAUUCAGGGUUCAAACACCCAGUGUGUCAGGUUCUGGUACAGCAUGAAUGGCAUCAAUGUUGGAACUCUGGAGUUUGGUAUCAUGACAGGGAACACAACUCUUGGACUAUUCCGUUCUCUGUGGUCUAAGACAGGCCAUCAGUCUGUCAACUGGUUACAAGGGGAAGCCACUGUCACUUACCCUGGUCAAAUGUAUCAUAUUGUUUUUAAGGCAAUUGUGGGUAAUGGCAGUCUAGGAGAUAUAGCAAUAGAUGAUAUAUCUCUGAGUUCUAAUGAAUGUCCCUUUAGAGGAAACAAUGACUUUGAAAAUGGCCUAGACUUGUAUACCAAUGUUGUUGAUGGUACUGAUAGAUUUGAUUGGCUUGUUGCAUCAAGUGUCAAUCCUGUUAUGGGGAUAAGUCUUACUUUCAAUGAUCACACACUGAGAACACCCAAUGGACAUUUUGCCAUAGCUCUGUACAGCCAACAGGCUCAAGGAAGCAAUGCAUACCUGAAGACACCAAUCCACAGUCCAGAUGAUUCCUGGUGCUUCACCUUCUAUUACUACAUGACUGGCCAGGACCCAGGUACCUUAAAUGCCUAUGUGUACACACCUGACCGGAACACAAAGACCCUAGUUUGGACACUCAAUGACCAGAAAGACAACUGGAACUUUGCCCGUAUAGCUGUGAGCUCUCCAUCAUACAAAUACCAGAUUGUGUUUGAAGCUGUAGUAGGAAGCAGAACAGAUGGAAUGAUUGCCAUUGAUGAUAUUGUUUCUCAAGACUCUGUAUGCACAACAUACCCUAGCUCAGCAAGAAGAGGUGAUCUUGUCACUGGAGGCACUCUACCAACUGUUGCUACAGUUACACAAAUUCCCACACCUAACGAUUGUUCCUUUGAAGCUGCCACAACCUGUCUCUGGACCCAGGCAACUGAUGACCAGUUUGACUGGAGUGUGUCCACCCCAUUUUCACUAGGCAAUAUCAUGUACAGCGCUGCUCAGGAUCAUACUAAGGGCACAAAUCAAGGCUACAUGCUACAUCUGCCAACAAGUUUGGUGCGUCAUGCCAACGACCAUGCUUCCAUUCUGUCCCCAAUAUUGCCUGCUGCAGGAGCUCUUUAUGGUGACUGUCUAACUUUCUGGUAUCGUUUGUAUGGACCUUCUGUUGAUGGCAUUUUUGUGAAUAGAAUUAUUGGAAGUACAAAAACUUUACUGUGGCAGCGUAAUGGCACCCAGGGUCAAGAUUGGAGAUUCGCACAAGUUCAGAUAUCUGGUUCCCAGCCAUACAAGCUGGAAAUUGCUGGCAUUAGAGGCAUCAAUUAUUUAGGAUCCACUGAUGUUGAUGAUGUGCGCUGGUCAAGUUCACCUUGCAGUUAUUCUGGCUUUUCUGUGAAUGAAGACUGUGACUUUGAGAAUGGUCUCUGUGGCUUCAACCAAAGCACAACAGACAACUUUGACUGGACACUAACAACAUCCUCUACAAGCAGUACAGGCACUGGUCCAUCCAAUGACCACACGUAUGGCACAUCACAAGGACAUUACAUCUAUGUUGAGGCUUCCAACAAAAGUCCCAACCAGAGAACAAAUAUUAUCUCCCCUGCCCUAUCCCUGCCCUCCCCCAACUAUUGCCUCAAGUUUUGGUACAGCAUGUAUGGCAGCACUAUGGGAGAGCUACACAUUUACCGUCUGAACAGAGGGACAAGACAACAGCUCUGGAGGAAGUCUGGAAACCAGGGUCAGCAGUGGCUGAUGGGAGAGGUCAGCAUACCUGGAGACAGCACCUCAUCAAUAAGUUUGGAGUUUGAAGGUGUUGUGGGCUCCUCUUACUUGAGUGAUAUUGGCAUUGAUGACCUGAGUCUCAGGGCUGGACAUUGUGAUUCUACAGCUGGUUGUGAUUUUGAGUCUGGUGGGUUCUGUACCUGGACUAACACUCGUGUUGGUGAUAACUUUGACUGGAUCCUUGGCUAUGGGUCAACACCUUCAUUUGCAACAGGUCCUCAGACAGACCACACAAAGGGAGAUUUGACUGGUCAUUAUGCCUUUAUUGAAACCAGUGCACCUCAGAGGCAGGGUGAUAAAGCAUACUUAGUGUCACCGAUUUUUGAAGCUUAUCAAGUACGAUGCUUACACUUCUUCUACAGUAUGAAUGGUCUUACAAUUGGUACAUUAAAUGUUUACCUGCAACCAACCAGUGGGACUACAACACUUCAGAAACAGUGGUCACUGUCUGGUCAACAAGGCACUCAAUGGUUACCAGCUGCAGUCUCAUUCAAUAGUUCUACUCCUUACCAAAUUGUUAUUGAGGGUACAGUAGGCUCAAGUUAUGAUGGUGACAUUGCUAUUGAUGAUAUUACUUUCACUAAUGAUGCUUGCUCAGUGGAUCCCCCAUUGGCUUCACAGUUUCCUAGCCAAGUUUCUACACUGUCCACAACACCCAGUGGUCCAACACUCCCUACAUCAGCCCCAACACCUUAUGAUUGUAACUUUGAGAACAACUUGUGCACUUGGUCACAAGACACUACAGACAAAUUUGACUGGACACGUUCCCAGGGACCCACUGGCUCUUACCAAACUGGACCAGUGGUUGACCACACACUCGGCAACAGCCAAGGCUGGUAUGUUUACAUUGAGGCCUCCAGUCCCCAAGUAAUGAAUGACACAGCUAGAAUAAUCAGUCAGUCCAUCAGCCCUGGCCAGCGAUGCUUCAGGUUUUAUUACUUCAUGUAUGGAACAAGUAUCUACCAGCUGAAUGCCUACAUUAAACAGAAUGGUCAGAUGAACAGAAUCUUCAGCAUGCAGGGGGAGAAGGGACAGCUAUGGCUGAGUGCUAGUAUACCCAUCAACCCCACUAGCACCUACCAGCUGGUUUUGGAAGGUGUUCGUGGUCAAACCUGGACAGGAGAUAUUGCUGUGGAUGACAUCACAGUACCUACUGGACCAUGUCCAGAACUAUCACCAUCAGCCACCACAGUGUCCUGCACAUUUGAAAACCAACCAGCCAACAGCCCAAUCUGUGGCUUCACCCAGGACACUGAUGAUAACUUCAACUGGUCAGUCAACUCCAGAGACACACAGACCCAGAACACAGGACCAUUUACAGAUCACACCUAUGGCUCCUUUAAUGGACAUUACAUUUAUACUGAAGGAUCCAACCCACAGAAACCAAAUGACACAGCUAGGAUCAGGAGUCCCACCUAUUCAUCAGGCAUGGAGCAGCAACACUGUCUGACCUUUUAUUACCAGAUGUACGGAGCUGACAUAGGCACUCUGAAUGUGUAUCAAGUGAACCCUGGCCAGUCCACCAAAACAUACUCCCCUAAAUGGUCACGGUCUUAUGACAUGGGACCUGGCUGGAGAAAGGCCCAGGUGACAUUGGACUUGCUAGGAAACUAUCAGUUGGUUUUUGAAGGCAUAAUUGGCAAUGGAUACAGGAGUGAUAUAGCAGUUGAUGACAUUGCUGUUAAGAAUGGCUCAUGUCCUAAUCCAAGAGCUUGUAGUUUCACAUCUGACACCUGCCUGUGGCGUAACCUGCAAGAUGGCACUGACAACUUUGACUGGCUGCGCAAUAAAGGAGCUACCGACUCAUUCCAAACUGGUCCAAGUGCUGACCACACAUCUGGAACAGCCACUGGCUACUACAUGUACAUAGAAAGUAGCAACAGAAAACUUGGUGAACGUGCCAGAUUGGCCAGCCAGAUGCUCCCCCCUCAAGUUGGACAAGAUUACUGUCUUAGUUUCUGGUACCACAUGUAUGGUGCUGACAUUGGUGCACUCAAAGUCUUGGUUAUGAACAAUGCAAGUUAUGAUGCCAUAUCAUCAGAGGCGACUCUCUGGGAACUUGACGGUCAAACUGGUGACAUGUGGAUGAAUGCUCAAGUUAACAUUAGCAACAUUUACACCAAGAAACCAUUUAUGCUGAUAUUUGAAGGUGUCAUAGGCAAAAGCUAUGGUGGAGAUAUAGCCAUAGAUGAUACCAGCAUUGACCCAUACAGCUGUAAGACUGUCCCAGACUAUGCCCUGCCAACUACAGAUGUGCUUGAGGCAGCCGACUGUGACUUUGACCAGAACAACACCUGCAGCUGGACCAAAUACCCACAAAGUAAACUUGACUGGUACGUCAACAGAGGAUCAACCCCCCAGAUAGGAACUGGACCUCGGUCAGAUCACACUAGUGGUUAUGGCUACUACCUGUACAUGAGGGCAUCUAGUGGUGCACAAGGUGACGCAGCUGUCCUGGCUUCUCCCAUACUGCCACCUACAGCUGGAUUAGCUUGUUUCUCGUUCUGGUAUUACAUGUAUGGAUCAAAUGAGGGAACUCUUCAGCUUGUGACUAACAUAAAUGGUGUGAGCUCAGUCCAGUGGCAAACACAAGGCACACAUGGCAGCAAUUGGAUACAAGUGGCCAUCACAUUACAGAGUAACACUAACUAUCAGCUGUUUAUGAAAGCAAUUAGAGGCAAUGGCUUGUAUGGAGAUAUAGCUAUUGAUGAUUUGCUGUUGUCCCAUAAUGCUUGCCCCCGUAAAGCUGUAUGUGACUUUGAGCAAGACUGGUGUAGCUACACACAAGAGAGUAAUGAUAACUUUGACUGGACAAGAAUCCAAACUGCCACAUCAUCAGCCGGAACUGGCCCAUCAACUGAUCAUACAAUGAGUAGCACAAGAGGUUUCUAUGUGUACACUGAGUCAUCUUCAAGAAAUCCUGGCGAUAAAGCAAGAAUUGUCUCCCCUCUCUACCCUGCUGGUGGCACACAAUGUCUUCAGUUCUUCUACCACAUGUACGGUGCUGGCAUGGGAUCUCUGUUUGUCUAUCUCCGCAACGCUGGCCAGAUGGACCCAGGAAGUAUUGUCUGGACUUCAAAUGGCAACAAAGGAGAUAGCUGGCUGCUAGGUCAAACUAGCAUAGCGUCUUCUAGUCCUUUCCAGAUUGUGUUUGAAGGUAUAAUUGGUGCCAACUACACAAGUGACAUUGCCCUUGACGACAUCCAGAUCUUGCCAACUCCUUGUCCCAACCCUGUGUCAUGUGACUUUGAAAAUGGCUUCUGUUCAUUCACUAAUAGAAUCAAUGAUAAUUAUGACUGGGUUCUGGCCUCACCUCAGGCCAACAGAUACAAGACAACAGCCCCAGCUGUAGAUCACACAACCAGCUCUGCCAAUGGUUACUUUGCUGUGGCUGAUAUCCCGGCCACCGCGUCAGGCUCAGUAACUGCCUCACUGGCCAGCAGUCAGCAGCCCCCAACCAUGGGCCAGUGUCUGAGUCUCUACUACUCCAUCAAUAGAGAUGGUGCCAUCAAUAUUUUCUUGGAUACACCCAGUGUGAACAGAAGUUUACUGCAGCUGACCAACCCAGAUGGACAAGACAAGUCCUUACGAUGGAAGCAUACUUCAUUGGACAUUCAGUCUAACUCUUCCUUUUACAUAGUUUUUGAAGCUCAGAGAAAUUUAAUUGGUGGAACCACAAUUGUCAUUGAUGAUGUCACGCUUGUUGAUGGUCUGUGCUCCUUACAAACAACAGCACCACCACAUACUACACCAUCUUUACCUGCUAUUAUCCCCGUCCUGUCCUGUGACUUUGAAGGGGCAACAAGUCCCAAUGGCACAAAUCCAGGAUCAUUGUGCUACUACACACAAAACACAGAUGACAAUUUUGAUUGGAUCUUGCAGAAAGGCCAGACAGUUUCAUUUUCCACUGGACCAGAUGCUGACCACACAUUAUCUAACAUAAAUGGACACUACUUACAUAUAGAUGCAUCAAAUAAAAAUAUAAACGCCUCCGCCAGAGUGACAAGUCCCCAGUUCAGGAACACACUGUCCAGGUGUCUAAGUUUCUGGUACCACAUGCAUGGGGCUGACAUCAACAGACUCAAUGUGUACUCUUCAAACUCCAGUGGACUAGGGGCGCCACUGUGGACAAAGGCUGGAGAACAGGGAUUGUUGUGGCUGAAUGCAGCAGUAGAGAUUGGUGGAGAUGAUGGCUACCACAAGAUUGUGUUUGAAGCUUUAGCUGGACCUGGGUACAGAGGGGACAUUGCCAUAGAUGAUAUAGCAGUAUAUGAUGGACCUUGUCCAGCUUUAGAUAUCUGUGACUUUGAAGAUGAUGGUGUAUGUGGGUUCAACCAGGAUCUCUAUGACAACUUUGACUGGACAAGACAUGCAGGAAGCACAACUUCCACUUCCACUGGUCCAAGCAUUGACCACACCUACCACACUACUGCUGGUCAUUACAUGUACAUCGAAUCUUCCGCCCCAAGAGUGGCCGGGGAUGUGGCCCGCAUGCUCAGCCCUGUCUACCCCCCUACAGAUGGACGCUGCUUGAAGUUCUGGUACCACAUGUAUGGAACCACCAUUGGCUCACUGGCCAUUUACCUUCGCGAUGUCCAUGGAACUGACAUUCUCCUGGACAACAAAGUUGGAAACUUUGGAGACCAGUGGCUUAUAGAGCAGCUGGAUGUAGCCUCCAUCACACCCUUCCAGAUUGUGUUUGAAGGAACUGUCGGCAGUAGCUACCUAGGAGAUAUAGCCAUUGAUGAUGUUGAGCUGACAAAUGAUGCUUGUAUACAAAUGUAUGGCUGUGACUUUGAAAGAGGAUUUUGUUCCUGGACUCAGAAUAAGUCAGACAACUUAGACUGGCAGUUGAACCAUGGCCCAACUUCAUCACUAGACACUGGUCCAUCUCAAGACCACACCAUCGCCUCUUCUGCUGGUCAGUACAUCUACCUAGAGUCCAGCUACCCCAGCAAGCCUGGUGAUGUCGCCAUAUUGGAUUCUCAGAUGAUCCCAGUCAUAGCAGACAAUGACAUGUUCUGCUUCAGUUUGUGGUACUUCAUGUAUGGCAAUGAUAUUGGUUUCCUGAAUGUCACUGUCAAAAAUAUAGAUGAUUCAACACCAAAUACAGUAUUUUCACUGUUUGGUAACCAAGGGGCAGUAUGGAAACAAGCUACAAUUGACAUACCUAAACCAUCCAACACCUUCCAGAUCUCAGUUAUUGGAUCUAUAGCUACUGGCUUCCAUAGUGAUAUUGCACUUGAUGACUUCAUUAUAAAGCCUGGUUCAUGUGGAGACAAUGCAGCCACAAUACUUGGCAACUUCAGCUGUGGUGGAGCCAGAAACCAGACCAUCCCAGCCACCAAAGUCUGUGAUUUCAUCAGGGAUUGUACUGACACUGCUGCUGAUGAGAGCAGCUGUGGUGACUGCACAUUCCAGUAUGACUGGUGUAGGUACAUUGACACCAGCAUUGGAGAUUUCCAGUGGAACAGAGGUUUUAAUGGGUCCGUCACAUCAAACACUGGGCCAGCAUACGACCACAACAAUGACCGCACAGGCUACUACUUGUAUGUUGACGCUUCACGGGGAUCCUACUCAGACAUGGCAGAGAUUAUAACCAACUUUAACUAUGGACCUUCAUCUGCAUCUUGUCAAAUCAAAUUCUAUUACCAUAUGUAUGGCUAUGGCAUAGGCCGCUUGAUGGUGGUCCUGAGAGAGUCCCAAGAAGAUACUGUUGUGUUUGAUAAGUCUGGUGACUCAGGCAAUAGGUGGGUUCAGGCAGUUGUGGAUAUUGGCAGGAUAGCUGUCCCAUUCAAGGUUUUGUUUAGAGCUACCAGAAGCUACGGAAUCACUGGGGACGUUGCUAUUGAUGACAUCACUUUUGUUAACUGUGAAUACCCUGCCCCUCAAACAAGCUGUCCACAAGGACAGUUUACCUGUCAGAGGAAGGCCUGUCUGGACUUCAGUCAUGUUUGUGACUUCUCAGAUGACUGUGGGGAUGGCAGUGAUGAAACUAAUUGUGAUGCAUACCCCCUGCGCUCUGACUUUGAGUACAGUUUUGGUGCGUGGUCUCAAGACAACACCGAUGAUUUUGAUUGGACAAGGCAGCAGGGAGCCACUGGGUCAACAGACACUGGUCCAACCAGAGACCACACUAGAGGAACAGUCAGAGGUCACUAUGUGUACAUCGAGACAUCAUCUCCCAGAGUUCAAGGUCAAAAAGCCAGGUUGAUCAGUCCACUCAUCUCAGUGACCAGUAGUAAAAAGAGAGCUGCCACCUCUUGUCAAAUCCGUUUCUUCUACCACAUGUAUGGAAGUUCCAUAGGCCAGCUUAAUAUUUACACACGUACAAGCUUGAAUGGACCAUUGAAAACAAUUUUCACCCGUGGUGUGAAUGAAGGGGACAGGUGGAUUCGACAAGAUUUGCCUUUGUCUGAAUUUUCAGACUUCCAGGUAAUAAUUGAAGGAACUGUAGGCAACAGUUACCUAGGAGACAUAGCAGUAGAUGACAUUUCCCUGACAGAUGGCUGUAAACUCAGCACUAACACAAUUUUACCAACUGGCCUUCCUACCCUACCAACAACACCUAACAAAUGUGGAACCAAUUAUCAAUGCAGCAAUGGAACUUGCAUCAGUCCCUCAUCUGUCUGCAACUUUGUACUAGACUGUAAUGAUGGUGGGGAUGAGGCUAAUUGUGGCACCUGUGACUUUGAAGCCAACCUGUGUGGCUGGCGAGACAUCAGUGUGGGCAUCUUCAAGUGGUCCAACAUCUCAGCCCCAUCAGCUUAUGGCCUUCUACCUAGAACAGACACUACUGGUUAUGCUCAUGGCAGUGGUCACUACAUAUCAGUCAGCUCAGGGCCUGGCUUGACAGUAUCUCCUGCAGUGUUUGUCUCCCCACCCCUGCAGGUGUCUGGUCCAAGCUGUAGGAUGUCUUUCUCUUACUACAUGAAUGGAAUAGGCGUUGGCAAUCUUGCAAUCUUCCUGCAAAACUCUAUCUACACUGGCACCACCCAGGGCACUAGCCUUUGGUCAGUGACAUCAGCCACUUCUACUACCUGGCAGCAGUAUUCUGUUGACAUUGGGCAGGUCCCAGCUGGAUAUCAGAUUGUAAUCAAAAGUACCCCACUGAAUGGAUUCACUUAUGCAGUUGCUCUAGAUGAUUUAGAUUUCAUUGGUUGUCAGCCUAACACAACAUUCAAUAUGACGCCCUCAGCUCUAGAUUGUACUUUUACUGGUGGAGACUUCUGUGGGUUCUUCCAGUCCCGAACUGAUAACUUUGACUGGACACUGACCAACCAACCAACAUCAUCGUCCAAUACUGGUCCAGCUGGUGACCACACCACUGGUAAAGACUACUAUGUUUACAUCGAGUCAUCACUACCACAGAAACAAGGAGACAAGGCUGUGCUCAUAUCUGCUCUCAUGCCACCUACAAGCAAUGACAUGUGUCUCAAAUUCUGGUACCACAUGUUUGGUGCUGAUAUUGACACGCUGAAUGUGUACGUAAUCACUGGAAACAACAACUACACACGUAUCUGGACUCGCUCUGACUCCCAGGCUAAUGAGUGGAGGAUGGCUGAAGCCCAUGUUGCAUCAACUCUAAACUAUCAGAUUGCCUUUGAGGGUACUGUAGGCCGCGGCUAUGGUGGAGAUAUUGCUUUGGAUGAUAUUUCAAUGACUGUAGGGAAAUGCCCAGUCCAAGUAACAUGUGAUUUUGAAAUUGAUCUCUGUGACUACAUACAAGUGAAAGACACUGAUAUAUUUGACUGGACAAGGUGGGCCAACCAAACUCAGUCCUUGGGCACUGGACCAUCAACUGACCACACGACAAGCAAUGGAUAUGGCUACUACAUGCACAUUGAUGCCUCCGGCAGACGCCCAGGUGAUAAUGCCAAACUGAUGAGUGAGCAAUUUAUAUUGACCAGCCCCCAGUCCCACUGUGUUUACUUCUGGUUCCACAUGCUGGGUGCUGACAUAGGUACACUCAAUGUUUACGCUGUCCAUGACAACCGUCCAUCUUCACCAAUCUGGACCAGGAGUGGAGAGCUCGGGGACUACUGGUCACAAGGACGGGCCACAAUUGAUGGAACUUUAGGCAACUUUAAUCUCGUGUUUGAAGGUGUGGUUGGCAAAGGUUUCAGAGGUGACAUUGGCCUGGAUGACAUUCGAGUAACUGAGGGUGUGUGCCCACACAUUGGUAGCUGUGACUUUGAAUAUGACAUGUGUGGCCUCUUCAACUCCUUCGGCAAUGACAAGUUUGACUGGCUCCGUAACUCUGGUGAAACAGCUUCAUCAUUUACUGGACCUCCAGUAGACCACACCACCAAUACAGAUCAUGGUUUUUACAUGUACACUGAGUCAUCUAACCAAAUGAGUGGUGACAGAGCAUGGCUGUACACAGACUAUAUACCAGCUACUACUGCUUCGUGCCUCACUUUCUGGUACUACAUGUAUGGAUCAGAUGUUGGCACACUGAGAGUCUACCUAACCCAGUCCAAUAAUAUUUCCCAUGUCCUAUGGCAGCUGUCUGGGAACCAAGGACAGCAAUGGAAGUCUGUCUCACUACCUCUGUCUAGCCCGGUUGAAUACCAGAUUGUGUUUGAUGGGGUGCAAGGCUCUGGUUUUAUGGGUGAUAUUGCUAUUGAUGACCUGGUGGUUGCUGAUGGUGUGUGUACGAAUACAACAGCUCUACCCCCAACUGGCAUCACACUCACAACAGCUGCCACAUACCCCCCAACUCAGUGGGACUGUAACUUUGAUGCCAAUACACUGUGUACAUGGCAGCAGGAUCCAUCAGAGAACUUUGACUGGACAAUAAAAAGUGGGAUGACAGACUCCUACAACACUGGUCCCAACUCAGAUCAUACUACAGGACAUGGUUAUUACAUCUACACUGAGAGCUCAAGUAGGAGAACCAACGACACAGCCAGAGUGAUCAGUGAUAACAUUCCUCUAACAGCAGAAGGCAUCUGUCUCAGGUUCUGGUACAACAUGUAUGGCAGUGACACUGGGACACUCAAUGUUUACGCCAAACAAGGAGGUGCACUUGGGCCAGUUUUAUGGAGAAGGAUAGGUGAACAAGGACAACUUUGGAAAGCUGGUUAUGUCCAUAUCACAUCCAGUAACCCUAACCCUGUUCAGAUUGCGUUUGAGGUUGUUUUAACAUCUGGCUUUAUGGGUGAUACAGCUUUGGAUGACAUUAAAGUUAACACUGGAUCAUGUUUAGAAUAUGGAGGAUCUUGUGACUUUGAGUCAAGUGACCUUUGUGAAUUUACUGAAGACACAUUGGAUGACUUUGACUGGGUGAGGAACCAAGGAACAACAACUCCCAAUGCCACCACAGGACCUAGUGUAGAUCACACUUAUGGAACAGCUACAGGCUACUACAUGUACACCAGUUCAGCCCUUCCCCGCAGACAAGGUGACAAGGCCAGAUUAGUUAGCCCCACCAUAAAAGCCACAACUGGCAAAUGUAUGACCUUUUACUACCACAUGUUUGGGUCAACCAUGGGAACCUUGAAUGUUUAUCAGAAAACUUUUGGCCGCUUGUCUUUCCCAAUAUGGAGCACUACUGGCUCACAGAAAAGAACUUGGCUGCCUGCUCAGGUUUCACUCAACAGUGCUUCAGAUUUCCAGGUUGUGUUUGAGGGUAUAAUUGGAGGUGUCUCCUCCAGUGACAUAGCCAUUGAUGACAUCACAUUCAGGGCAGGAGCUUGUCAACCUGCGGCCACGUGUGACUUUGAAUACGGCCCUUGUCUCUUCUUCAACACGCCAACAGGAGACAACUUUGACUGGGAAGUGUUUACAGGAACAGAUCACACUCUAAGGACACCUGUUGGUCAUUACAUGAUGAUGGAUGCUAGCCACAAAACUCAAGGACAAAGUGCUAUACUGUUUAGUGAGGUUCUACCCCCAACACCUGCCUCCUGCUUUAGCUUUUAUGCACACCUAAGCCAAGGACUAGGUGGAGGUACACUGGUACUUAACAUGGACACUGACCUCUCUGGAGGCAGCAGCUAUCAGAACCUGUUGUCCCUGAACAAUCCAUCCUCUCCUGACUGGGUGUUUGCCCAAGCUGAUGUGAUGUCGACUAGCCCCUAUAUGCUGAUGUUUAAAGGAAGUGUCUCAGAUCCUAUGCUAAGUACCAUUACCAUUGAUGACACAUCACUGACACCUGGAAAAUGUGUCAAGCCACCUGACAAUUUCCCAUGUGGAGAUGGAACCACAAUAACUCCUGCCCAGGUGUGUGAUUACCACAAAGACUGCUCUAACAACGCUGAUGAAUCCCACUGUGGGACAUGCACCUUUGAGACUGAUCUCUGUGGCUUUGUUGAUUUGAGCAAGGGCUCGUUCAUGUGGAAACAAGCCACAGAUGCAGAUACUGAUGAUCUAGUUGAUAGGAUUGGACCUGACCACACAACCAAAACAACAAAUGGUCACUUUUUGUAUGUCACUGGGCAAAGAGGGUCAUCCAAUGGUGAUGCUACACUGGCAACCCCAGAGCUGCAGCCCACAUUUGAGACUUGCCAGUUCUUGUUCUACUACAAGAGACUUGUUGGAAGCUUGCAAGUUUUUGUCCAGGUUGGGUCAAGAGAAAAUCUGGUAUGGGAAGCCACGUUUGCACCAACAGGAGCUGACUGGGCCCAGGCUAUUGUCAACAUAGGCCACUAUAAUAGCCCCAUCCACGUCAUCAUCAAGGGAACACGCAGCUACACCAGCACAAGGACUGUUGUUAUAGAUGACACAAAGUUUGUUAAUUGUCAGCGUCCAGCCUCCUCACCCAGCUGCCAGACUGGUCAGUUCCGAUGUUCUAAUGGAGUAUGUAUUGACCCCAUCUUUCAGUGUGAUCUAACAGAUGACUGCGGAGAUGGAUCAGAUGAGUCUGGCUGCCAAGGUGCUAAUCAAUGCAAUUUUGAGGGUGGUUUAUGCUCUUGGACACAGGAUACCACGGACAACUUUGACUGGACACUUCAACAAGGGCCAACCACAACUAGGUACACCGGACCAAAAGUGGACCACACCACAGGCUUGAAUACUGGACACUUUAUGUUUCUAGACACAUCCACCCCUGGAAGACGAGGUCAAAAAGCUAGGCUACUGAGCCCUGUCUUAAGCCCUGCUCAAGUCACUGAUGGCUGCCAUAUCUCAUUCUUUUAUUACAUGUUUGGUUCUCAAAUGGGAUUCUUCAAUAUUUACAUAAUAACAGAGAAAGGAGGAUACCCAACUUUGCUGUUUUCUAGACAAAAUUUCCAGCAGAGCUAUUGGGCGAGAGAAAUUCUGGCACUCAACAGCAGCAAAAAUUUCCAGGUCAUGAUAGAAGGUGUUGCAGGAAGUGGAUUCUUAAGUAACAUGGCACUUGAUGAUGUAACCAUCUCAUCUGGCUGUAAGCUAGCCCCAGCUUUCUCUGUCUUGCCCACACCUAACUACAUAGUAACAACUGGAUCCACAACACCCAGCAUAAACGGCACUGGAAACUUCCGCUGUAAUAAUGGUGACUUGGUGCCAAGGUUCAGAAUUUGUGACUUCAUCGCUGACUGUAAAGAUGGAUCUGAUGAAGCCACAUGUGGAGGAUGUGACUUUGAAUCUGGCCUGUGUGGCUGGUUUUAUGCAAGCACUGGACAUUUCAAAUGGUCUCUCAGUACCCCAGACGUGAUGGGCAAGGUGGGACCAACCAUAGAUAACACUAAGGGCCAAGCCACUGGCCACUACAUGUAUGUACAACCAGACUAUGGAGUGACUCCCGCACCUGCUGUCCUGAGGUCCCCACCACUGGGUGCUACAUCCAGUGAAUGUAUGAUCACUUUCUUCUACCAUUACACUAGCACAGCUGGCAAACUUUCAAUGCAGGCCCAGAUUGGUGGCGUCAAAACUACAGUCUGGACAUCCACAGCCAUGUCAGGUACAUGGAGAAAAGCUUUUGUUUAUCUAGGUCGCAUUGGUCAGUUGACUAGAGGAUCUCAGGUUGAAAUUUCCUAUGAAUCAACUGGAACAACAAGCUCCACGGACCUGGCCUCUAUUGAUGACAUUGUGUUUACAAGGUGCAGCCCCAGGGAGACACCUCCUUCUCUAGCUUGUAACUUUGAAGGGAAGAGCACUUGUAUCUGGCUACAAACCAACGAUGAUCAAUUUGACUGGACGCUCCAUAAUGGAUCUACUUUAUCCUACGGAACAGGCCCUAGCGCUGCGCAUGGAGGCAGCUACUACAUCUAUGCUGAAGCUUCAGCUCCCCAGAAACCAAAUGAUACAGCAGUUUUAGUGAGUCCUACCCUGUCACCUACAGACCAAACAGGCUACUGUCUGUCCUUCUGGUACCACAUGCAUGGAUCAGAUAUGGGCACACUCUCACUCUUGGCUAAACAUCCUUUCUCUGGCUUUGAUACACUGUGGUCUAUUAGGGGAACUCAGAGGGAUGACUGGAUUCAGCAAAGAGUUUUUAUUAACAUGACCAGGCAAUACACACUCUACUUUAAUGCCACUAUUGGCAAUGGCUUUGAGAGUGAUAUAGCUCUUGAUGACAUCAACACGAUCAGAGGCAGGUGUCCAGCUCUAGAGCAGUGCACUUUUGACUCUGACUUCUGUGACUACACACAAGACACCAGUGACAAGUUUGACUGGUCACUGGGAAGUAGUGCCACAGCUACACCAGGAACAGGACCCAGUAAAGACCAUACCCUCGGCUCAUCUCUGGGCAAGUACGCCUACAUCGACUCAUCAGCACACUCCCCUGGUGACAAUGCUAUCAUCUCCAGUAACACUUACACUGAUUUCCAGUUCAUUAGACAGGGCUGUCUAACUUUCUGGUAUCACAUGUAUGGUACAGGCAUUGGUACUCUCAAUGUUUACAGAAAGGACCAAGGAUCAAAUACAUCUGUCAUUAUCUGGACUUUAACUGGUCCACAAGAAAGUACAUGGAAGAAGGCCACAGCCUCAAUCAACGCUCAAGGUAAAGCCUACCAGAUUCAGUUUGAAGCCACUGUAGGAUCAGCACAAGGUGACAUUGCAAUUGAUGAUGUCUUGGUAUCUACCGGAGCAUGCCCUGCUUUAGCCUCUUGUACUUUUGAAACAGACUUGUGUGGGUUUAUGAACCUACAAAACGGAGACAACUUUGACUGGGUUCAGGACAGUGCAGGCACAGAUACAGAUAACACAGGCCCACAAGUAGACCACACCACAGGUACCAAGCAAGGGCAAUACCUGUACAUAGAGACAUCAGGUUAUCAUAAUCUGGGUGAUAAUGCCUUACUCCAGAGUGAGCCCAUCCCAGCAACUAACGGAAGUUGUCUCACAUUCUGGUACCACAUGUAUGGUGCUGGCAUUGGACAGCUCAAUGUCUACACUAAGCCAUCAUCAGCUCAGUCUAGGAGGAAGAUUUGGGCUCUAAGCAAUAACCAAGGCAAUAUGUGGCAACAGGCACAGAUUCCUCUUGUUUACCCAUACAUGUUUGAAAUCAUCUUUGAAGGAACAUAUGGUGGUAAUUUCACAGGUGAUAUAGCUAUUGAUGACAUCAGCUAUAGCUUUUACGCUUGCUCAGCAGCUGUGGUAACCACGGUAACACCCACAGGACCUUCUUUUGUUACUUACCCUAAGAGUGAACUGGACUGUGAUUUUGAGACACAGCUGUGCAUGUGGACACAGGAUACAACAGAUGACAUUGACUGGACCAUAAUGGCAGGGCCAACAACAUCCAGAGCCACUGGGCCGCCUUCUGACCACACACUGGGAACAAAGGAUGGACAUUACAUUUACACUAAAGUCUCUGGCUUCACUUCUUUGAACGCUACAGCAAGACUCAUCAGUCCGGUUAUUGAUGUACCUGCCAAUGGCAUCUGCUUCAAGAUGGUCUACUACAUGUAUGGGGCAUCUAUCAACCGCCUAAAUAUUUAUGCAUCCUCUCUAAGUCCCAGCAAACAGGAACUGAUGUGGACAAGAAUUGGCACACAAGGACCAGAAUGGAAGUGGGUCCAGAUUCACAUCCAGGACAUCAGUGGGCCAGCAUUUAUUACAGUAGAGGGUCUCACUGGAUCUGGCUACACUGGAGAGAUAGCUGUGGAUGACGUCAUGAUGAAUCUAGGAGACUGUCCACCCCACCCUGAAUGUGACUUUGAGGAUGGAAUAUGCUCUUAUCAACAACUCAAAAAUGAUGAUUUUGAUUGGACUUUGAACAAAGCAACAACAAAUACAAGUUUCACUGGACCAUCAGCUGACCACACACUGACCACCCCUGAAGGACACUACGCUUACAUUGAGACAUCAGCACCCAGAAAACUUGGAGAUGUAGCCAGGCUACAAACUCCGGUCUUUGACCCCACUGAUAGCUCUUGUUUAACAUUCUGGUACUCCAUGAAUGGACAGACCAUUGGCUCCCUGAAUGUGUACACCCUAGAUGAAGGCGCACCCGACAGUUCAGCUAAUUUAGUUUGGGGUAGAACAGGAUCUCAAGGCCCAGACUGGCAGAUAGGUCAGGUCACAGUAUCCAACAACAGACGUUUUACUAUCAUCUUUGAAGGUAUUGUUGGCAAUGGCAUGUAUGGAGAUCUAGCUAUAGAUGACAUCAGCAUCCCACCAGGAAUCUGUCCAGGUCUUGGCAGCUGUGAUUUUGAAGGGGAUAUCUGCAGCUGGGGCAACACACAAAGUGGAGAUGUCUUUGACUGGAUGAGAGCUAGAGGAGCCAGGUACUACAGCACUGCUGGACCCAGCGUUGAUCAUACCCUGAAAACAGAAUAUGGUGGGUACUUGGUGAUGGACAGUAGUUCACCUAGAAAGGCAGGUGACACAGCUAAAUAUGUCUCACCAAUUCUUGAUAGUGGAACAGCUUAUUGCCUGAAUCUAUGGUACUUGAUGAAUGGAUAUGGAAUGGGAACGCUCAAUGUAAAUGUUCGCCCCUACCCUCAAGGCUUAACGAGGAACAUCAAUCACAUAGAAGGAAACCAAGGCACUGAAUGGAAAUCCAUUAGAGUAACUGUAGCUAACUCAACAACCAACUUUGUGAUUGUAAUUGAAGGUAUAAUUGGUCAAGCAACUGUUAGUGACAUAGCUAUAGAUGACAUUGCUCUUCAGCUUGGCUCCUGUGAAUCUUUACCUAAACCACCCCAAACAGCCAAUGCUUUCCACUGCACUGCAGACAACAAAUGGCUAACUCUAAAUCAGGUGUGUGAUUUCAAAUUUGAUUGCAGUGAUGGAGAGGAAGAAAAGUCUUGCGGUUAUGAAUGUGAUUUUGAAAGUAAUAACACAUGCAAAUGGAGAAACACAGCAGACACCACAUACAAAUGGACAAUAAAUCAAGGUACAACUCCAGGGGCCAACAUAGGUCCAGCUGUGGAUCAUACCCUGGGCAAUGCCACUGGCCAUUACAUGAGUGUUGAUUCCAGCACUGGCUACUCCUAUUAUGCUGCUAGUUUUGAUAGCCCCAUCCUGCAAAGAUCCUCUCCUAAAUGUGAGCUUGUAUUCUACUUCCACAUGACGGGCAACAACAUUGGGUCUUUAUCUGUCACAAGAGUAGAAGGGUUACAGAUGGCAACUCUAUUCACUGCAGCCAAAGAUUAUGGAAACGGCUGGCAGCAGGCUGUUGUACCCCUUGGUAAAUCUGAGUCACCGUUUUCAAUAGCUAUAAGAGCCCAGCGCAGCUACCUUACAAAUGGGGACAUAGCUAUAGAUGACAUUUCUUUCAGGAACUGUGACUUCCCUUCACCUAGCACCAGCUGUAAUGGGCUAAACACAUUUAAAUGCAACAACACAGCGUGUAUAGACCCAGUCCUUAAGUGUAACUACGAUGAUGACUGUGGAGACAACUCUGAUGAAAGUCAAGCAACUUGUGCAUCCUAUGAUCGUUGUAAUUUUGAAACAGAUUUCUGUGACUGGACACAAGAACCGCUUGAAGAUGAAUUCAACUGGAUCAGAAAAAAUAUGGGUACCCUCUCCACCCUGUCAGGCCCAAGAAAAGACCACACAACUGCAGUGAACACAGGCCAUUUCCUGUACAUCGAGUCCUCCACCCCAAGGCUACCUGGUGACAGAGCAUGGCUACUGAGUCCUGUGUUAAAACCCACAACUUCAUGCCAACUUACCCUCUUUGUUUUCAUGUUUGGUCCAGACAUUGACACACUAACUGUUUACACUAGAACAGCUCUGGGUGGAACUCUUACUAGUAUCAAGAGCAUGAAAGGAGAAUCAGGUUCUUUCUGGCAACAAAUCAACCUAGCUCUAUCUAGCAGUACAAAUUUCCAAAUAGUCAUUGAAGGUGUCAGAGGCUACGGUAACCUAGGAGACAUAGCCAUUGAUGACUUGGUGCUCUCCCCUGGCUGUGUGGCGACAACAGAUGUUUUACCAGCUGCCACCUCAGUCUCAACAACAACCACUCCAAAUCCUUGCGGAGAUCCUUCCAAGUGGCAGUGUAAAGACAUGAAACAAUGCAUAUACAAGACAGAACUGUGUGACUUUUCUUAUCAGUGCAAUGACCACUCAGAUGAGCAGGACUGUGGAGUUUGUGACUUUGAGCGCUCAUCCUGUGGCUGGAAUGACCUGAGUCAAAGUAGCUACAUCUGGGACCGUGUCAACACUACAUCUAAAAUUGCAAUAGCUAAGCCAGCUAAUGAUCAUACCCUGGGCACCCAAGGCAUCGGUUGGUACAUGGUCAUUCGUCCAACAGAUACAGGCUAUGCUAGAGCUUCAAUUCUUGAGUCCCCUGUGUAUGGAGCCACGGAGGAGGGGUGUUCUGUAGAGUUUUAUUACAUGAGUGAUGGUACAGGUCGCAUCGCCCUCUACUUAUACCCUGAUGGGGUGACAAAAUAUGAUUCAUCAGAUUUAGGCAUACGAGUCUGGAAUGGCUACCUCUCAUAUUCAUGGCAGAAAGUUUCUGUUGGCAUUGGCUCUAGGGCUCCAGGAUUUAGGCUCAUAUUCCGUUAUGAUUACUCCAUGCCACUCCAAACAAAUGGUAUGGCGAUAGAUGACAUUACAUUCACCGCUGGGUGCCAGCGAGCUGCUGCUAGCAAUAAUUGUUCAGCUGGAGAAUUCAAGUGUCCAUCUAGCCCAGAGUGUAAACCCAGCACUGCAGUAUGUGAUCUGGCCCAUGACUGUUUGAAUGGAGACGAUGAGGACACAACUCUGUGUAAAAACUAUUAUCUCUGUAAUUUUGAAAGUGGCACCUGUGGCUUUGUCCAAGACUAUUCUGACAAGUUUGACUGGACCAUGAACCAGGGCAGAACAUCCACAUUAGAGACAGGUCCAGACUUUGACCACACCUUAGGAAAUGCACUAGGCCAUUACAUGUACAUUGAAACUUCAUCACCACAAGUAGCCAAUGAUACAGCUCGACUCAAGAGCCCAGUUUUCCUGCCCAACCCAUCAGGCAACUGCUACAUGCGCAUGUUCUAUCACAUGCGAGGAGAACACAUUAAUGCCCUCAAUGUCUACACAGAAAUCCAAGAGGAGGGAACUCGAACUCUCAAGUGGAGCAUGCACAACGCACAAGGCAACCAGUGGAAUAAAGCUUCAAUAAAACUGGAUGACACUAAAUUAUUCAGAGUUCUUAUUGAAGGGGUCAGAGGAAUCGGCUUCAAUGGAGAUAUAGCCAUAGACGACAUUACCUUUACUCCAGACUGCCACAAACUGGACCAAGUCACGCUGCCACCAAUCAGACCCACAGUUAACCCAGGCAGCUGCAAAGCUGGAUCAGAAUUUCAAUGUGAUGGCAAGUGUAAACCUAUCAACCUGCUGUGUGACUUCAAUCAAGACUGUGCUGACGGUACUGACGAGGUGAACUGUCCUGCUGUAUGUGACUUUGAGAAGAAUAUGUGUGGCUGGAAUGUACUAAGCACCUUCCAGACCUGGAGCAUCCAACCAGCUUCCACGUACUCGCUAGUGGAUGUUGCUCCUGGCACAAACCAAGGUCAUAUCCUGGCCACAUCAGGUUCUACUUCAAGCGGCCUCAUCUCACCAUUUUAUUCUUCAGCAGCUCAAGAGUGUUCCUUCUCAUUUUCUUUUAGAUCCAACUACUACCCACAAAGUCUGAAACUAAGUAUAAGAUCCAAUGGUUUUGACAACCAGCUCUGGGGCUACUCUACUUAUGGAAGCACUUUCUCCAACUACAACCUAAACAGCUGGCAAAAUGUCACUGUGCAACUUCCAAAGUGCAGUUCAGAUUUCCAGAUGGUCGUUACUGGCACACCCAGCUAUUACUCUGCUGCCCAGCUGUUCCUAGAUAAUUUUGUCUUUACUGGAUGUGGGACACCAACACCAAGUAUGUGUAACCCUGGUCAGUUUAAAUGUUCCAAUGGACAAUGUGUCAGCCAAGAUCAGAUCUGUGACUUAGAAUUAAAUUGCUGUGAUGGCUCUGAUGAAGACCCUCAACAGUGUUAUUUCUAUAGCAAGAAUACUUUUGAAAAUGGCUUAAGUGACUGGAAACGAUUAACUUCAGACAGCCAGAACUGGGAUAUCCAACAAGGCUAUGGAACUUCCAGUUAUUAUUUAUCAAAUACUCGCCCAAUGUUUGACCACACAACUCAGUCUCAGUAUGGACACUACCUUUAUGCAACCUUUACUUACUCAUCCCAGAACACAUCUGCAGGAAUGUCCUACUCCCUUCCUGCUCCCAAUGGAGAAUGUGACGUGACAUUCUGGUACUACAUAUCUGAUCCUGAUGCAGGAAAUCUGGAGGUCUCCAGCAGUACAGCUUCCAGUGGAAGAGCUUUACUGGGUACCAUAGCUCCCUUGGAAACUGAUUCAUGGCAGAAGGCAACUUACCAGGUGAAGGUGUCAGAACCAUUCCAGUUCAUCAUACGAGCACUGCAUGGUGUUAGCUAUGGAGGGUACUUUGCUCUGGAUGAUGUUGUCUUUGGGCCUGGCUGUAAAGCCCCUAUCCCAGCCACACCUGCACCAGCGGUAACAACAAUGACCACAGCAACACCACCCUCACACAGUACAUUCAAACCUUGUGCUGCUAAUCAGUUCCAAUGCCUGAGUGACGGGGCUUGUAUUGCUCAGUCGCAAGUGUGUGACUUCAAUGCAGACUGUAAGGAUCUCAGUGAUGAGACCCAAUGUAAUUCUCUAAGUAUGUGUACAUUUGACAACAACCUGUGCACCUGGUCUGAGAUGACACAAGAUGGCUUGGACUGGCAGCAAGUUUUGUCCACCACUGUUUCACCUAACCAAGGACCUUCGUUUGAUGGAACUUUGAACUCUGGUGGCUAUGCUUACCUUAAUGAGAAAAACACAGUAGAUAAAACAGGAGCUUCAGGUGUGUUGUUAUCACAGACAUUCAGCUCCUCUGGUGCAGGCUGCACCGUACAGUUCAGCUAUUACAUGGCCAACAUUGCACAGGGCCCUCUGAUGCUAAUGAUAAACAUGACUGAAAGUGCCCCUGUUGUGUUAUGGCAAACUAGUGAGAGUCCAGGAGAAUGGAGGAAAAUUGUUGUGGGAAUAGGUCGACGUACUUCACCAUUCAACCUCAGAUUCAUUACUUCCCCUGAUCACCUCUUCUCAGGGCAAAUGGCUCUGGACAACAUACAAUUGAUCCACUGUGCUGAGCCAUUUCCACAGGCCAGCUGUACAAAAGACCAGUUUAGAUGUGCCAAUCAAGCCUGUAUUGACUAUUCAUUUGUUUGUGACAAAGAAGAUGAUUGUGGUGAUGGCUCUGAUGAAAAAGAUCCUUCCUGUAGUACAUUUUUAUCAUUUGAUUUUGAAAACACUUUUGGAGACUUUUAUCAAAUGGAAGAAGAUCAGCUUGACUGGCAGAGAUGGGACAGUUCUGUCUUGCCACCAGACACACUACCUGGAAUUGACCACAGUACUGGCUUAUCCAGUGGUCACUACUUGUAUGUAACUGGAAGCUCUAACUCCAAAGGAACAGAUGCUGGGGUUCUUCUCUCUAAAGUUUUAGCACCAACCAACAACAGCUUCUGUCAGAUACGCUUUUAUACUGUUCUACCAACCAGCUUACAGUCUAUCAAGAUAAGUUAUAAAACACAUGCUGAUGGCUUACCUGAUGGUAGCCUUGACAUUCCUGACAACUAUCCUGGCACCUACUGGCAACACAAAGUAGCAAGCAUCAGCUCAGAUAAACCAUUCACACUCAUGUUCCAAGCCAUGCCAGGAUCUUCCACUGGCGCUGUUGCUAUUGAUGAUGUUGUCUUUGACAAAGGAUGUGUGUUUACUGAUAUAACUUUGCCCAACUGGCCCCAGCCACCACCAGCUUGUAAUGCCUCUCUGCAGUACCAAUGUUUAUCUGACAAGAAAUGCAUUGAUAGGUCUCGACAGUGUGAUGGUGUGAUGGACUGUGCUGACUCCUCAGAUGAAAAACAAUGCAGCUGUAACUUGUACUGCCUGAACCAAGGAGUUUGCUCUAUUGACACUUCUGGGUUUAGAACUUGCAAGUGUGUGAAUAACUACCAUGGAACUCGGUGUAGCUAUGCUCCAGAUGUGACAGAACCAACAACCAAAUCAACCACUCGUGCUUCUACAAGACCUACAGUGGUGACUGGACCAACUAGCCAGGGUGGAGUUACGUCAAGUUCUACAGCUGCUGUUGCCAGUGUCACACCACAGAAGUCUGCAGGAACUGGAAGUGAUAGUGAUGAUUCUUGGAAACUGCCAGUUGGAAUUGUUCUAGGUCUGCUUGCUCUAGUUGUAAUUGUGACAGUGGUCUUGGUCUACUUGAAGAGAACAAACAGGCUUGGGAAUAUCAGGUUCCAGAGGUUUGGUAGGUCGACAGAAACAUUUGAAGAUGGGGGUCUAAGUAAUCCAGUCUACGACUAUGGAACAGGUGGAGGAUUUACUGCAUUACAAGAAAUAGAACCACCAUCCUUUGAGAAGCAUGAACCAAAAAGAUAUAGUGGCCAUGCCAUGAAACUUCAAGAUGCUGCCUUGUCUUUAGAUAAUCCACUUUACCAGGAUGUUACUGAUGCCUAAAUACUCAAACCCUUUACAAUACUCUUUAUUUUUAAAAAAAACAUGGUAGCAGAAAAUAGAUAUUUAUUAGACUCUGUAUGUUGAUAGGCCUACCAUAUGUUAUGAAAACUUCUGUAAAUGUUAAGACAACGCCCAACAUAUUAAUACCCUAUUUUGUGAUAAUAAUUGUGUAUGUAAAAUAUUUAUUUGUAUAUUGAAUUUAAAUUUUUAAAUUCUUGUUUUACUUGAAAUUUGUUUAAAAAAUUGUUAUUGCUGUUUCCUAUUAAAAAAAAUAUUUUUAAAAAGUUUUUUCAAUAAAUUAUGAGU